UUCGUAAAGAACAUACAUGAGCAAGCAAUGUGCACUUUCCAGACUCAACUGCCAACUUGAACCCAAUUUGAUGUCAAAUGAAAAGAAAUUCACAAAUUCUACCAAUUUCUAUCUGUUUCUGAAAAAACACACACUGUAUUCUCUUCUAAGUUUGAUGACUAACAAUUAUCAUUUUAUAUAAGUGAUUAAUUUAUGUGUUAUAAGUCAUCCACUUGUCUCAUGACAUGCUCCAUUUAAAGGAUAGGAACACAAUUGUUUAAGUCUGUCCUAAAACAAUAUUUAAGUGUCAAAAUAAACACUGACACUUGUUGUUAUUGCUGUAAUCGUUUCUUCUGUUCAUACUGGCCAUUAGAAGAUCACUAAUGUCCUUUCAGUGUUAGUGAUGGGUGACAAAAUCCACAGCCCUCCUGCUGUAAAAAAAAUUUAAUCUAAACAUUUAUUGAAGCUAAUAUGAGACCAAUUUUCCUGACUUUUUUUUUUUUAACUAAAAAGAAUGUAACUGUAGAAGAUUCACAACUUACACGUUAUUUAUUUAUGACUAGAUGGCUGAAACCUCAUAUUAUUUUCAGAUACACUUUAAAAGAUAUAUUUACAAAACAAGGACUGCGGACAUCAUGUGCAUUGAAAGAACAUUUGGAGAUCUUCCAAUGUCCAGUAUUAACAGGAGGAAUGAUUACAGCGAGCAAAACCUGUGUCAAUGUUCAUAUGGGCACCAGAUGUUUUAAGACAGACUUGAAAAACUGGACCAGAUGUUUUUUUUCUCUCACUGAAAACAGCUGCUUCUCUGGCUGGAAAUGAUGCUGAUGACAGCUGUAAAAGUGAAUCAAAACAGCAAAGAUGGGGGUCUCAAAACCAGAACAAUGAAGUGAAAGACGCUAAAAUGAUAUGGAGAGUUGACUCGGAUGCAGAGUUGAGUGAUUUUGCUCCAGGAGUUCAUCAACAACACCUUUCACAUUACAUGUAGUCGUUUUUUACAUGUAAGUACUGAAAAGUGCAGCUAAAGUACUAACACUGAAUUUGGGGUUUUGUGAAGUAAUAGCUUCUUGAUGUGAGUGCAUUAGUUUAAGGGGAACACAACUGAACACAACAAAAUGCUGCUGCUACAAUGUAAAUCAGACCAAAUUUUUCUACAGGAGUGGUGGCUGGAGAAAAAAAACACACAGUAAAACAAUAUUUAGCAACUAUACUGCACACCAACUUUUGGAUAAUUUUAUAUACAACCCUUACUUUACUUUCAACUAUGUGCCAUUGAUUGAUUAAUCUCCACAUCAGCUUUAUUCUCCCAUUUUAUAUAAAAAAAAGUAUUUCCUUUAUACAGUUAAUCCUCUUCUUUGCUGCAGUUGGUGAGAACCACAUUAAAGCGUAUGAUCUGGUGUUAGCAGAGAUCUGAAGCUCUGUGAGUUGGAAAAACAAAAACAGCAGAAAAAAAGCAAGAUGCCGAGGAGGUGAAUGAAUGAGAAUGCGCACGUGAGCAAGGUCACUCGUGGCCAAUCGUGUCCUCGGGAUUUCCUCAGCUCUCUCGUCCUCGUGCCAGUGAGGAUAAAAACCACAUUUCACUCAAACUUUUAGUAUAUUUUCCACGGGGAGACUCUCACGAUGCUGCAGCUGUUGGCUUUCCUGGUGGAGAAGUUCUCUCUUCUCUCCAACUUUAAACUUUUUGAGUCCACUUGGACGGACGCAGAGGACAAGGAGCGCCCAGCGCAGCGAGCCCCCCCGCCGCCCCUCAAGCGAGGAGACCUGCUGGAGGUCCCCAGAAGCCUUUUCACCCACUACGGCAUUUAUUUAGGUGACAAUAAAGUCGCUCACCUGAUCCCAGACAUCCUCCCUGUGUUCACAAACGACAGGAAGCAGAUCAGUUGUGUCAUAACCAACAAGAGACUCAUCCUCGGCUGCAUGUACAGGUGCGCGUCAGUGCGCGUGGACACUUUGGAGGACUUUGCUUAUGGUGACAACAUAGUUGUUAACCAUAUGGAUAAAAUGAUGAAGAAGCCAGCAUUAAACAAUGAGCAUGUCGCCAAGAGAGCAGAGAAACUCAUCGGAGCAAUCCCGUACAGUCUGCUGUGGAAUAACUGCGAACACUUUGUGACAUCCUGCAGAUACGGAUGUGCAGCGAGUCGGCAAACAGAGAAGUUCUGCGAGUGCCUAAAAUCAAUCAUCAGAGACCAGCGCAGCGUCAUUGCUACAGGACUGCUUGGAACAAUCUCUAUUGUGUGUUUCGGCAUGGCACCUUUGACAACAUUACCCACAAUUCUUAUUCCCUUCACGCUGUGGAUGGCUGGUUAAAAAUGAGCUCAUCAAGACCUGCAAUCAAACAGAACUGCACUUUUAUUCAGUAAAGACUGACAGAAACAUCAGAGCAGCAUUUCGUCUGCACUCCAUGUCUACAAUGCCUUAUGAAAAUGCUUGGUACUUUCAUCUUAUUAUGUAAUGAAUGUUGUCUGUUUUGUCUCGUUAUAUGUAUGAAUAAUUUACUACAUGCCUUAUAUGUGUGUGCUCAUAAAACUGGAAGUAAAUAUGUUAAUUCUUUAUAAAUGAAUAUAGUUUUUGAUUCAUUUUCCCUAAUAUUCAUGCCUACCACAAAAGUGAAUAUACAAUGACAAAAUGACGAUAACUGACUAUUUCUUGUAUGUAAAGUUGAUGUUUUAUAGUAGCAUACUUAAUAUAAUGUUGUAAAUAUGACAAAUGUUUAAUAAA